AUGUCAGGCAGGAAGAAGGCGCUUCUUAAAGUGAUUAUUCUCGGUGAUUCUGGCGUAGGCAAGACGUCGCUGAUGAAUCAGUAUGUUAACCGUAGAUUCAGUAAUCAAUACAAGGCCACAAUAGGAGCAGAUUUCCUUACAAGAGAUGUACAAAUUGAUGACCGUACCGUGACAUUGCAGAUAUGGGACACAGCUGGGCAAGAACGCUUCCAGUCUUUGGGUGUUGCCUUCUAUCGUGGUGCUGAUUGCUGCGUGUUAGCUUUUGAUGUAACAAGUGCGUCGUCUUUUAAGAGUUUAGAUUCAUGGCGAGACGAGUUUCUUAUUCAAGCCUGUCCGCGUGAUCCGGAAAACUUUCCUUUUGUGUUGCUCGGAAACAAAGUGGAUUUAGAAGCACAGCGAGCUGUAAGCGCAAAGCGAGCGCAGUCGUGGUGUCAAUCGAAGAACAAUAUCCCAUACUAUGAGGUGUCUGCUAAAGAAGCUGUGAAUGUGGAAGCAGCCUUCCAAGCCAUUGCACGGGAUGCGCUUGCCAGGGAGGCUCAAGUGAGAUUUUUCUUGAUCUCUAGUUCUAUUUUCUUCAUUUGUUCGAGUUUCUUUUCUUUGCAAGUGCAAACGGUUGCCUAA